AAUUAAAAACUAAAAUUAUAAGCUAAUUGUUUGGAUAUUCAUAUCGUUUAUUCCUUGAUGUCAUCGAUAGGCGUGUUCGGUCAUAGAACUCUUUGCCGAGCAGUUCUAAACGGCAAUUGGCUCCUGCUUUCGAAUCCGGUCGAUCCGGCAAAACUCAUUGGACGCGUUCGCUCGGGCAAAUCAUCGAGUCUCCUCGACUUGUGAUACUCACGGCUAAUUUGUUGGACAAAAACCAAUCCACGUUCGAUCACCAUUCGGCGAUUGCAAAUGAUUGCACAACCGUUAUUUUUGUUGAAUGGAAACCACACCGCAUCAGUUUCGAAAAGUUGACGAGUCUCGAUGAUAGGCGGGGCCUUCUCCGAAAGAAUACCGAUCGUAUCGUCCUAUCGAGACAAAGAGAAAGGGAUAGGCAAACUCGCUGAAUUUUCAGCUGCAGCGUAGGUGGUUCUUGUGCAUUCAUCAACACGGUCCCUGAGUGUUUAUGCGUCACUUCACACCGGUUCCCCAACAUGGUGGUUGAUUAUAGAACAUUGGUUCAACAUGACAAUUCGAUUAAGGAAUAAUAGAAAAUUGUCAGAUUUCAAAGAAGAUCGAUUUUUGGCAAACAGAAAAUGGAACACAAGAUAGUAUUCACUCCAGAUUAUGAAAUUGAUGAAAGCAUUGUCAAAACUGAGGCGAUGGAACCUGAGCAAAAUUUGGAUUCUGGAAAUUUAGAAAUGAACGUUUUAGAAGUAAUGAAUGAAUACAAUUCUAAUACCAUGGCUAUGCCGAAGCUUAGAAAUAGACGCAACAGAUCGCAAUCCUCAACUGCAUCAAAACAUAAUUAUUCCACAGAUAAGUUGACUUUAAGAAAGGAUCGUUUUCGUCCGAUCAGACCAAAACCCUUGCAAUCUUUUUCAAUAUCAAAACACAAAUUAGGAAUGCCAUCUAUGAAUAUGUCUACUUUUUUAUCAAAUCGCAUUAUUAUACCAAAUACUAUGCCGAAUAAGGAGAAAAUUCAAUAUACUACAUCUUCGAAUAUAUCUAAUGAAAUAAAUAAUUGUAUCAAACCGCAGACGAAUAGUGACAACAAAAAUAGUAACAAGAUUAACAGUAAGAAUAUUAAUAACAGUAAUAAUAAUAUUACAAGUAUUCUGUCGAUAACUGAAGAAAAUAAAACAGUGUUGAAUCUACCCAAGGAAGUGCAAGCCGAUAUUAAAAUGCAAAUUUGUAAAAUUGUUGCCACAGCAGAGAUAAAAUACUGCGGAUCAAAAACUAAAUCCAAGACUGAAAAUUAA